CCACACUAAGUUUUGUUUUUGUUUUACCGCCGUUCGGACGCUUGUCGCGGAAACUCGUCCAACCGUCGUUAGUUUUAAAAAGCGAUAUAAUAAAUUAUCACAAAUAUAAUAACCAACAAAAGUGUCUAUUAAUAGUUAAAAAUAAAAGGUGCUAAGAAUAUCAAAACAGUUUAGAAAAAAAAACCUGAAAAUUACCACGAAAGAAAAUGGCGGCUCAGCAAACAAUAAUGAGCAGUCGCACCAGCAACAACUAAGCAAGAAAUUCAGCUUAAAAGAAACCAACGGAAAAAAACGUCAACAUUUUCGUCUGCCCGAAAUUAAUCUGGUUUUUAUGUUUUACUCGCGCGUCGCAGACAUAAAAUAAAGACAACAACAAACAGAAAGUGCUGAUGUGUGUGUGCGUUUUAUGUCGUUUGUUUGUCUCCUGUUUUUGUGGAAAAGGCCAUAAAAAACGUGAAAUUCAUUAAGCUACAAAAGCAACAAUUACGAGCAUUUUACAUUGUUUACAUUUUGUGUGCCAGCUUUCGUUACGCUAGUGAUUUAUGUGAUUUGGUAGAAGAAAGGUGGGGAAGUGGAAACCUUAGUAAAAGUCUGGAAAAUAGUAGUUUUAAUUAGUAAGGAGUUGGUGAAGAUACGGCCCCGGCGGCCAGUAGAGGGCCAUAAUAAUCAUGCAUCGUUCGCUGAAGCCGCAUGCAUCCACCGCACAGGCUAAGAAGGUGCAACCGCCGACGAUACCAGGCGACUCCCCUCAGGACUUGCAUCAUUAUCAGCAGUUCCAACCGCAACAGCAGCAGCACCACCAUCACCCGCACCACCAGCCGCUGAUACCGCUCUACCGGCUGAGCGGACCGCUGCGUCAUCACCAGAAUCAGCAGGCGGACGAUGGGAUCAGCAUGAGUGGCAGCAGCAUCGUUUCGUCGCCCUCGCUGGAGGAGGGUGGCUUCAACCUGCCCCGGGAGACGAGUGUGGCCCUGCGGCUCAAGGAUGAGGUGGGUGGUGGCAGUUCGGCGGUGGCCCCGCCUGCAGGUGCAGGAGGAGUGGGUGGAGCAGCGGUGGGAGCAGCGCCACCGGGAGCGGGAAAACCCGGAGUUACGAUGGUGCCGCCACCGCCCGUUUUUUGUGCCACGCUGCGCGAACCGCUGACCCACAAGGCGGCUGUCUACUACCACCAGCAGCUGGCCUUGCAGGAGGAUCAGGGCAUCGAUCUUACCCAGUCACCUGGCAGGGACUCGCCGGGUUCAUCCUCGGGUUCCGCUGGCUCCGGGUCGCGUCACAGCACCGCCAGCUUGGACUCGGGACGGGCAUCCUCCUACCUGACUGGAGUUUCCUCCUCGGGCGCCUCCAUUCGCGCGCCGCUUUCCUCGCCGCGCUGCAGUUCCGUCAGCUCCUGCUCCAUUGGAAGUGUGGAUCGGCAGCGAAAUGAUGAGCUGAUCAUCGACUGGCUGCUGGAGAUGAAGCACGAGGAGUACGCCCAGCUGUUCAUCGCCGCGGGCUACGAUCUGCCCACCAUUGCGAGGAUGACGCCGGAGGAUCUCACCGCCAUUGGCAUCAAGAAUCCGCAUCAUCGGGAGCGCAUCAAGCUGCGGAUCGACAAGCUUCAGGUGCUCGACAACUUGCCGCAUUUUGUGCCGGGAUCGAUUGAGGAGUGGCUGCAGCUGUUGCGUCUGGAGGAGUACAUUCAGCCGUUGCUGGAGCAGAACUACAAGACGGUGCGCGACGUUACCCAAGUGACUUGGGAGGAUCUCGAGGACAUUGGCAUUGUCAAGCUGGGCCACCAGAAGAAAAUCCUGCUGGCCAUCAAGCGUGUGAAGGACAUCAUUAGCGGCAAGUGGAAUCCAGGCGGUGCAAAUGCGUACCAACAGCAGGAGUACCAGCGGAAGCCCUGGCAAUUCAAUGUGCCCAUACCCAGUACGCCAUCCUAUGUGCCAACCACUCGCGUCUCCUGGGACGACACGAAAAUCUACGCCACCGCCAGCAGUGUGCUGAAUGCCACUGCCCCGCCGGGGAGCAGCUGCCUCAACAGCAGCAGCCUCGCCAACGGAGACGCCUACUACUGCACGGGCAGCAACCAUUGCUCCGGCAACGAUGUGGUGCUCAUUAAGGUGCGCCAGCCACGCGGCAAGAGCCUGGAAUCGCUGGAGGACAUCCACGACAACAGCACGCGCAGCCAUUUGACCUUCAGCCAUUACACGACCACGGACUACGGCCACUUUGGGCCGCCCACAACGGCGGCUGCCGCAGCAGCGAUGGCCGCAGCUGCCACGCUGCAGCAGCAACAGCAUCACCACCAACAGCUGCUCCACCAGCAACAGCAGCAGGCGGCUGCCGCCCGUCUGCUGGGUGGCAAUCCUCCGGGAAUUGGUUGGCGGCGAUCCUACGACGACGGCGACAUCACUCCCACCAACGAUGCCACGCGGGAGAUGCUCUACGAGCAGGAGGGAGGUGGCACCCUUCCGCGCCAGCAGCGAGGAAUCCUGCAGCGAGCGGUGCUGAACACAAUGCCGCCAUUGGAGCACCACCACUACAUGAACGCGGCUGCGGCAGCGGAGUACGGAGCAGCCGGUGGAGUGGAGGGAGGAGCGAAUUACUUAAGCGGCAGCCCUUUGACCGGCAAGAAGAUAGCUCCAGAGCCGCCGAGGCGCCACUGCAGCAUACGCAACUCCCGCACGCUGAGCGGAGAGGGAGUGCCGCCGGGAUCGGUUGCGCAGGCGCAUCAGCAGGCGGCCCAACAGCAGCAGCAGCAGCAGCAGGCGCAGCACAUGUUCUAUGGCCACACGGGACAACAGCACUGGCAGCAGCAGCAGCAACAGGCGGCGGGAGCGGGGAGCGGUCAGCAGCCCAUCUACGCGAACUAUGCCACCAUUCAGCAGACAACGGCGGAGAUACACUGCGAGAAAUACCACGACAAUAAGUCGACUUCCAGCAUCGAUUCGAUUGACACCAUUCCGUUUGCCAACGAGAACACGGGAACGAUCAAGCAGCGGCUGCUGAAUCGUCAGGAGCUGCAGGGCGGCGGUGGCGGCGGCGGAGUGGGUGCCAACAAUGCUCCCGGCGGCGGUGGUGGUCAUCCCGCCCACCUGCACUCCUCCAGCUCGAGCUCCAGCUCCUCCUCCACGAACACCAUUGCGAACAUAGCGCACUCGUUCCACUCGCUGAAAUCUUCCAGUUCGCUGCACGAUGCCAGCUUGGCGCGCAGCGAAAGCAUGGGCAGCACGGCCAGCGGUGGAAGUGCCCUGCACCUGCGCUCACCCACACUGGACCCGCUGUCCAAUGCCGGAGGAUCGUCGUCGGCGGUUGAGCCCAUUAGUUCGCCGGAGUCGGCUGUGCCAGCUGUGGCCUUGAAUAGCACCGGCGUUCCGCCCAAAGUUUCGGUGAACGUUCUCAACGACAUUGGCAACAUGCUGGCCAAUCUCACCGACGAACUGGACGCCAUGCUGGAGGAGGAGAAGCGGGUGGGCCUCAACAUCGACAGUGAAUAAAAUCUCCAAUCAAACAAACAACAACAAAUCGUAGUGUAGCUGAAUUUUCCGGUAGAACUUGUGGUGUAUCUUGUAAUGUUUUAUGUACUUCGACUUAGCUAAGUUCAACUUGUUUUUGUAUUUUAUUAUUAUUUCAACGCGUGCGACGAAGCCUUUGUUUUUAAGUUCUGUUCUUUAUCGUUUGGAUUAUACAUAUACACAUUGUGUAGUAAAAAGUAAACUAAAAUUGAAAAGCUUUCGACGAGCCAUGUAUACUUUUGUACUUUUCCUAAACUCUCUCGUCCCAUUCCCAAACAAAAUAUGAGUGUUAACAAUACAAAAAGGAAAAUAUCCAAGUAAACGAUAAAAGGGAAAUGAAGCGCAACAGCAUAUAUGCAUACAUUGCAUAGUUAUUAUAUAGCAUAAAAUAUAUAUAAUUCUAUAUAUAAAUAAAUAUUUAAACGAAAACAUUUAUAUGGACAAGUAUUUAGUGGUUUGAUACUAAACGGCAGAGAAAGGAAAGAAACGAACCACACACAAUUAAAACCAGACAAGAACUACUAUUUAGAGAUCCCCUUCAGACAAUUUCAAAUUGCAUUUACCUAUAAUUUUUCCAUUAUUUCUAUUUACAAUUUUUUUGAAUCAGCCUGCACAGACAUUUUUCUGUUUGUUAUGAUGAUUACAACUGAAAUCAAACUAUAUGAAAUGAAUGUAUAAUUAAGUGUUAUUCCAUACAAAGUAAAAGAUGCAUUAUAUAAAAUAUAAAUCUUAUAUUAGCGUUAUAUUAAGCAAAAACGAUGAGAGAGAGAGGAGAGCGAAUACAUCUUAAUAAAUUAUGUUUAAACGGGCAUUGAUGCUGAUUAACGUAUAGAACUCCGUGGUAUACACAUGAAUUGCCUUCUUCUUUAUAAUUUACUUAAAUAAAAAUCGUUUAGUGAAAAUUUUGAUUUCGAGAGCAUUUUUGGUUCCCUGUUAAUUGCGCUCAGUUGAAAAUUUGUUUGGUGCGCAUAUCAUUAGAGGAAAUUGAGUAUUCGAUUUAUAAACGCAUAUAAGGAAACCUAAAAGAAUUAAAUACGAAUCAAAUCACAAACAUGUAAAGCACAUAAAGGGCAAAACAAAAAUGAAGAAAACCAAUAACAAAUAAAGUAAAAAUUUCA